AUGGCGGCGGCGAAGAAGAAGGACGACGGCGAGCCUGGGCGACAGCCAGCGGCGAGGGCGGUGCUCACUCCGAGUUUGGAUGAUGAAGUAUGGGAAUUGAGGCUGCAUUUUCAGGGUAGAGACAACAUGGAAAGGAAGUUUUCCUUAUCAGAAAUGAAUUACCUGUUAUUGUUAGCACUUAUUGAACUUGAAGGCUAUGGGUUGGAUGCCUAUCUAUCAUAUGUUAAGGAUGUGGGUAAGGGGCUGGAGGGGAUUGAGGUUUUGGACAGUGAUGAGAAGGUGGAGGAGAUGCUAGAUUUGUUUGCUGAGAAGAAAAUAUUGAACAUAACAGUGAGAGAGGCUAGUGACCCAAAUCCAGCAGAUGCAAACAUGGACCACACCUUGCUUGAAGAGCAGAUUCCAAUUAGUCAAGUUGGUGAUCCCAUUGUUUAUAGUGUUUCCCAAGAAGGCAUUGAAGCUGAAGAUCAAGAUGAAGAUGAGUUGGACAAAUCCUCUUCAGAUUUUGAGUUUUUCAGGGGUGAUUAUAGAGGGAGGAAAAUUUCAUACAAGUCUUGGGCUAGGGGAGAAGAUGAAGGUGGUGAAGGAACAAUUCAGCACUACAGGGAAGAGGAAGAGAUGGCUAAGCAUUAUUUUGGGGGUGCUUCUGAACCCUCAGAGUUUUGGCAGGAGCCAAAUGGUUCUGAAGAAGAUGAUGAAGAAGAAGCUUCAGAUCAUGUGAAAACUGUGGCACAGAAGAUACCUGUGAGGAAACAAGGCCCAACAAGCAGAUCACACAGUGAGCCAGAUCACAUAAAGUUUGAAGAUUUCGUGCCAGAAGCUGAUGAGUUCUGCUUUCCAGGUGAUGAAAGCAUUUCUGAUGAAGAAGAUGAUGCACCUAGGUUGCCUUGUGGCAGGAAGAGACAAUUGAAGAAGAAGAAGGAGAGAAUAUGGUAUGAUUCCUCUAGGCCUGAUGCACAUGAACAGUUUAGGAUUCAUUUGUGCUUUCUGAAUGUGGUAGAGUUCAGAGAAGCAUUGAGAAACUACCAUGUUAGGACACUUAGGAACUUUGAGUACCAUAGGAAUGAUCCAAGUAGGAUCAUAGCCUGGUGCUCAAAUAGAAAGCAUGGUUGUGAGUUUUAUAUUACUGCUUCUAAGAUUGCCCAUGAGUCAACCUUUAGCAUCAAGAAGAUGAAUCUUGAUCACACCUGUGGAGCAAGUGGAGAGAACACAAAGGUUACCAUGAAGUGGGUUGCAAAGGCUGUUGAGGAUACUGUAAGAUCCAAUCCUGGUGCAGGUGUUGAGACUAUACUGAGUUAUACAAAAAAGAAAUUUGGAGUACAUGUUCCAAAAAGUUUGGCCUACAGGGCAAGGAGGAAAGCAGUUGAUGUUGUGCAAGGGGAUCACAAGACACAAUACUACAGGUUAAGAGACUAUCUGCAGUGUGUUUUGGACACAAACCCUGGUCUUGAUGGAUGCUUCAUCAAACUAAGCACUAGGCAGCAAAUCCUGGCAGCAAUAGGGAGGGAUGGCAACAACAACAUCUUCCCUAUUGCAUUUGGUGUUGUUGACAAGGAGGAGACAGAUAGUUGGACUUGGUUUCUUACACAGUUAAGGACAGUAAUUGGUAGUGGCAACAAGUUUGGGCCCUACACAAUUAUGUCAGACAGGCAAAAGGGUCUGCUCAAUGCAAUAGAGGAUGUAUUUCCUGAUUCCCCUCAAAGAUUUUGUUUAAGACACAUAUAUGCCAACUUCCAAUCAGCUGGGUUUAGAGGGGGUGAAUUGAAAAAACAUCUAGACCAGGCUGCAUAUUCUUUCACUAAGCAUGGGCAUGAUCUGGGCAUGGAAGCAUUGAAGAAAGAGAGUGAGGAGGCAUGGAAGUGGUUGUCCAACAUACCAGUCCAUACUUGGGCCAGGCAUAGAAUGGAUACUAUAUGCAAGACAGACCUUGUUGUAAACAAUCUUAAUGAAGUUUUCAAUAGGAUUAUUCUGGAUGUUAGGAACAAGCCCAUAAGGACAAUGCUUGAAGGAAUUAGGACAAAACUCAUGAUCAAGUUUCAGAAGAUUAGGGAGAAGACAGAGACAUGUAGGUGGGAUAUCACACCCACUUACUCUGAGAUAUUGGAGGAGGCUAAGAAGUGGGCAAAAUAUUGUGAUGCAUAUAUGGCUGGACCAGGCAUUUGGCAAGUUACAAGUAGUUCAGAAAAGACCUACUGUGUAAACCUAAACAACUGGACUUGUGACUGCAGGAGGUGGGAUAUCACAGCUGUUCCAUGUAGUCAUGCUAUAGCAGCAAUGCAGAAGGUGAAGCUACACCCUGAGGAUUUUGUCCAUGAGUUCUUCAAGAAGCCCCUCUACUGUGAAACCUACAAGCAUAUUAUAUACCCUGUUCCAGGCCCUGAUUGUUGGCCACACACCAUGGGGGAUGACAUAUCUCCUCCAGUAUUCAAAGAAAAGAAGGGUAAAAAGCAGACAGCUAGGAGGAAAGGACAUUUUGAGGUGCCUGCCAAGAAGGAUACAUCAAGAAUUGGGACAGUGACCUGUAGCAAUUGCAAUAUGCAAGGUCACAGAUAUACCACAUGUGGGGUGUUCCACUGA